CCCGUCUACGGGUCUCAACGCCAUUCCUGAAGCAUCUAGCAGUACAUCAAAUUCUUCUGAAAGCAUGCUUUACUCAAACUCUGUACCUGUAACGAGGGAAACUGAGACAAUUUCAAGCUCGGUAAUAAAUCAAAAUGAUAACGAAAACCAAGAUUACAGAGGAGCAUUCGCCGUAUUUCGAGCCCGCGACAACAACACUUGGAAUUUUAACGUAACUAGUGAUGACAAUGACUCGGCUGUUUUAGAGAACGAAGCGACUGGAAACUCAGUUAGCUUUGAGUCUGAUUCGAGCGACGACAGCCCAGGGGGGGUGAGCAUGAGUGUGACUGCGGGGGACACAGAUGUGUAUUCUGAUACACCCGAUGUAGAACUUCCGACCAUGCAACAAUCCGUACCUUUUGACUCUCAAUAUUUCACUUCCGCCCCCGCUGACCAGCCAGACGAUCGAGUCGUCGGCGUAGGCCGCGUUAUCAAUGUCGGUCCCAGCUCAUCUCGAAGUAGUUAUCUCUCGCACGGCACCAACCAUAGCUCAAGUUUUGCUACACUAGGUGGUAGCCAGGGGUCUGGGACUGCUGUCGCUACGGCAACAGCGCGAACGUUUAGGCACGUACAUACUGCGGUGGUGGUCGCUGAUGUGACUAACGGAGGGCCCCAGUUUGCACUGAGGACUGCUAUAAAUAGAGCCAUUGCUGGGGCAUUCGCAGGUUGCGGUGAAGGAGCCGUGGCGAGUAAUAUAAUAAACACCACACAUCGCUUACAGUGGUGGCAUUUUUCUCAAGUGGAGUUACCUGAUUUGAAAAACAGUGAAAGUCACGUGAUUGCCUCCAGUUGUAAGAUUCACAACGACGCGAGCUGCGACAUAUCAAGUGAUGGAAAACUACUGGCCACCUUCGUGCCUAGUGCCCAGGGCUUCCCUGAUGAUGGUGUAGUGGCGGUUUAUUCUCUUGAGAAAGCUACUCUAGGACAGUGCCUAUUCGCAAAGGAAUUCGGGCCGAACGCUAUCUCCAUAAGUCUGUCUCCGCUAAAUCGUUACAUUAUGGUCGGCUUAGCAGCUAGGCGACUUCACUGGCAUCUCACGUCCAGACAGGUUGUGGCACAGAUCUUUCGGCUGACUGGCAAAGAAAGUCCAUCAGACGCAGUAAAGCCCGUUGUCAGUAUUACGCAUGACUGUAACCCUGAUCAACGGAGUCAUGUGAGUGUAAAUGCAGCGUUCUUCCACCCUCUGGUUGGGAAUGGUUUGGUGUAUGGCACCAACCGAGGACAUCUACACAUGCGCCAGUUUGGGCGUCGCAGUUCAUCCGGGUUGUCGAGUCUAAGUGGUUGAUAUUAACUAUUCCCAGUUGCUUUUGCUGCAAGAUUGUAGGCGGCAAGCUUUUCAAAAUACUUCUUUUGGUCCCGACGCUAGGAAAAGAGUACCCUCCGUUUUGCAGUUUCUCUUGUGGUCCAAUGGGGCAAUUGCAACGGAAGGAGGAGAGGUAUUGGAAAACAAAAAUGGUGCGGAAAGAGAAUGCUGGCUUUGCUCAAUGUUUAAGCAUUGAAACGAUUUUUAGCACUAAUCGCGGAAGAACCUAUCAGAUCACAAGAGCACAGGCAUUAAUUUGUAAUCCAAAAAUGCUAGGAUUUCGUCCUUCAUGGCUGCCAAAGGAAAGUUAGAUUUUCAAAGAAAUAUUUGUAUACUUGAACAGUAAAUUAUUGUACAGUCCGCUUUCACGCUAGCACUCCACUUUCCUUUCGUUUGUGUCAGCGUGGACUUCUUUAAUGCAUUGGAGUAUGCGCUGUGUUAACAAUGUACAUAAUCUCGUCAAUGAAAAUAAAUUAUUUUCCUUUUA